AUGUCUCAAAUGGAGAUAGAUCUACCAGAAAAAGGACAACAAAGCCUCACAUUCUCUCUUGAUAUCUUGACGGUUAUAAAUGAAGCGAGAAACACACACGGUCUACGUCACCAGGACUAUCAGCGGUAUAGAAAAUACUGUGCGGCAAAACUCCAUCGCCUCCGCAUAAAACUACACUUUACUCAAGGGAGUCGAUCGAGAGCAUUUCAAAAGAAAGAAGUUACAGGAGAAAAUCUCACCGAUGCCAGAUUUCUUGAUAUCCUCCUCUUCGACACUGAACGUGCCUGGAGUUACGCUAUGGAAUUGAAACACGAGAGUAGAUCGAGCGGUGAUACACGGAAGAAACAUCAUCUAAUCAAGCGACUGAAGAAAGCGGCGAAAUCUUCUGGAGCAUUGGAAAAAAUUUGCCUAAUGGACGCUCGAAAAGUUGACACAAAGACCGCACUUGAGGCUCAGGCUUAUUCUGCAUUAAUGUCCGGCUACUUAUUCUUUGAGAAGCAAGAUUGGCAAGCUGCUUUAGACAAGUUUGCGGCAGCUAGGACUAUAUGUGAAAAACUCUCGGCGGCUGGCACGUCCCAUCAGGAGGCACUCUGCCAGUCGACUAUCGAUGAUAUUGAUCCAAACAUUCGUUAUUGUGCUUACAAGCUAAGCCUUGGUUCGGGUACUACUACUGAUGUUGAGGAUCUUGUCAAGAUUACUGUUAGAAAGAAUAAGGGCGUGGGUUUGGAUCUUCUUGAAGCACAGAUUGAGGACGUGCUUUCUCAAUCACGCCGGGAGAAGGCCGCAUCACUGACGUCUAUAUCUUGGAGGAAUCGUGUCGUACCACUUAAGAAUGCUGAUAUGGCUGUCUGCAUUCUUCGAGCUCAAGAAGUUACGAAAGAUUUGGAGAAUGCACCUGAAUCCGCAGAUGAUACUGCCAGAAUAGAGCUAUUUGACAAAGUUCUCGAGGCUUACGGCGAUGCAGAACGUGUUGCCAAGAAUGCCGUGAAGGAAGACUCUGACGCGUCUGCAAGAGUUAGAUCUUCCAAAUCUGAGCAGAAUACCAUGAAUCUUAAUUUUGUGUACACAUAUGUUGCAUAUAAUUAUCUUUUGAGGAGAGUUCAGAGAAACUUGAUGCUUAUUGAGUCUUCCAAACAUCAGCUAAAGCAAGAGGGAACGGAGCUUGGAAAAUUUAUUGGUGGUAAAUAUCAGGAAAUUGUCAAAUUAUACGAUAACAUAUUACAGAGCAUAAACGAGAUCAAGGAGCUCCCAGGCGUGCUAGAAAAUCCAUCACUGGAACAAGAAAUUGAUGUCAAAAUAUGGUACUUCAAAGCGUGGAGAACAUAUUAUGUCGCAUCAGCAUACUCAGCGGCACAGGAAAUAGCUGAAGCAGUUCUAUUGUACGAGCGAGCAAAUGAAGAGUACAUUACUCAAGCAAGAGCCCAGUUACUCUCCGUAAAAGCCGACAAGGAUGAUAUUUUAACUAUCACUAACAAAGAUAUCAAUUCACUGGAAGAGACGUUAAGAGUUGAGAAAUUGAAGGCUAGAGCAGCCUGGCAUCUUGCACAUAGUGAAGAUAUAGAGGCGAAAUUCGACAAACUAAGCGUUGACGGAGAAACAAAAGUUUAUAAUGAGCCAUUAUGUAAUUGCUUGGAUACAUAUCCUACAAAUAUUUCUCUUCACAGCCCAAAUCUUGUUCCAUUUCCUCCGGAUGUCACUCCAAUACCAGCAAAACCAUUGUUAUUUGACAUUGCUUCCAAUUACAUUGAAUACCCUCCCUCACUCUCUCAAAGGGCUGGAAGAAAACCCCAACAAACUGGAAGUAGGAUUAGUUCACUUUUUGGUGGUAUAUGGGGUAGUAAAAAUAGUUAA